AUGCAGCGGUACGGGUGCCAAGACUUCGUCGAGGAGAUUGCUCAUCUCCAGAAGCUGGCCGAGAUGCUGCCAGACUCACCAGUCACCGAGAGCAUGGCCAACACCUUCAUGGCUAAGAUCCAGGGAUUCCAGUCCUGGUCCUCGGAGAGCAUCUGCCAAAUGCUUGCCAAGGCCGGCGAAGCUUCCAAACUGCCAGAGGCCAUGAAAGCAAAGAUUCUGGACACCAUCCAGAAUUUGUCCAUGAACACCGGCUCCCAGCUCAAGUUGGUGAACACUGGCCAGUCCGUCCAGCGGCUGUGUCCAUACUUGACCAGGCCAGACUGGGUCGCUUUGUCCACCCUCACGAGCCAAACGGACCAGCUGGAGCUCUUAGCCAAAAGACUCCGAGCCAUGGGACUGCAUUCUUUAAAAGAAUGCACCAAGGGCCAAGCGGUCGCCAUUGUCUUGAUGGUGCAAGCUUCGCAAGGCAAGCCAAGCCUUUCGGCAGCUGCCAUCAACUCGGCAGUCCAGGACUUCGGAAUCAUCUUCCAGUCCCUGCCAAGCAGCAAUUGCCCCGGCGCCAGCAGAUAUCCAGACCAUCCAUCAGAGAUGGGCCAGCUUUGGCUCUCCAAGGCCUAUGGUCCAGGCGACCAGCCAGAUCUGCAGGACCCAUGCCUGGCUCCAUUUUUGAAGAAAGCCCCUUGGUUGCAUAACUUGGAUCUGUUCCGUGUUGCAUUUGUUUCUUGCAUGCAUGUAGACAUUUCUACGUCUUCGUCCCCGAGGUGCCUCUUCGAAGCACCCAUGCUUCAUUGGCCGGCGGCACCAGGUGCAGGUCCAAGCGGCCUCCAGCGACACCUCAGGGCUCCACCUUACUUCGACCAGGAGCUGGAAAUGCUGAAGCUGCGGCAUGGCAUCCAAGCCCAAGCAGCCACACAAGGCACAGCCACUCUGCAGGGAAGCCAAGGGCCCAUGUGCACCGCCGCAGCAACAGCAGUGUUUCCUUGGCUGUCGCCGCGAAGCAUGGUCCAGUCCCACAGCCAGAGUGCUGCCAGCACAACUGCCCCUGGCCAGGUCUUUGGCCAGAGCACAGCAUCUGCCGCUGCUUUGCCACUUCCUCCGGCAAGCCCGCCUCCUGAAGCCACGACCAGAGUCGAAGCAGCUCCCACGGAGACGACUGCCAAGGAAGACAGUGACGCCAAGACAUUGCAGGAGUACGAGCAGGAGCAGUUCCAGAAGCUGCUGGAUGCCAAGGCCGACAAGAAGAAGAAGGCCAAGGAGGACGGCCAGGCCGACCAGAAGCCCAAGAAACAGCAUAUGAAGCGGCCAGCAGCAGCCAUGUCUACCCGACAAAGCUCGGCGAACCAGGGCACCACCUGCAACGGCCAUGAGGCUGGCAAAGGUGCCACCGCCGCCAAAGGCGGCAGCACAAAGAUCCUCUACGGAUGUCACUCCCAAAGUGCACUGGCUGCUUUUGUGGAAGUCGCCAAGGAACAAGGCCUCCCAGAGAAGAGCUCUUCCAAUGACCAGCGGAAAGCCAGGGAGGAGCUUCUACAGAGCUGCCAUGGUGGGCUACUGGGUCCUUUGAUCCAAGAAGCAGAGGUCACCACCGAUGCUGGUGCCAAAGUCACCAUGUACUUUGCCAACCUCUUGGUUUACCUGGCCAGUCUUUUCCAGAUGGGUGGAAGCUUCCAUGAUCUGAUCCAAAGGAAGCACCGAGCCAACCCAUCAUCCGUCUCCAAGCCAUGGCAACUUAUACUUUAUGCAGAUGAGGUGAUACCAGGAAACGUCUUAGGACCUGCCCAACGUAAAUUUUGGGCCAUUUAUGCCAGCUUCAGGGAGAUGGACCAAUUCCUCCACCACGAGGACCUCUGGCUGACCAUCUCUCUUGAAAGGUCCAACUUCGUGAGCCAUGUCCAGGGCGGCAUCUGCCAGAUCAUGUCCAAGAUCUUGGAAACCAUUUUCGCCAAUGCCCACGUGGAACCAUUGGCAGGGUUUGUGUUGAAAUCCCCACAUGGCCCAGGUUCCGAUGUCCGGCUCCAUUUCCGGUGGGCCAUAUGUCUGGCAGACGGCGGUGCCCAUAAGCAGAUUUGGUCUUCCAAAGGUGAUUCUGGUACCAAAUUUUGCAUAUUAUGCGCCAACAUCCACUCAGGACCACCCACAGGCGACAACGACGACAUCAUGGACCACCGCACGACCAAAUACAGCCAAUUGGUUUUGACCACUGAUGAAGACGUCAUCCAGUCCUACCGCAGAUUAGACGAAAGGCGAGCCACGUGCAGGACCAAAGCAGAAUUCUCGCAAUGGCAACAAGCCACCGGUUGGACCUGGAAUCCCCAGGCCUUGCUCCUGAACCAGACUUUGUUGGCGAAGAACCAAGUGAAGCCAGUCAGCCAGUUCUGCCAUGACUGGAUGCACGGCAUUCUGCAAGGAACGGCCCCAGUCGUGCUGUUCCAGAGCUUCCAAGCCAUCUCCGAGCACUACAACAUUUGGGAGGCCAUGGGCCCAUACAUAAGGAUGUGGAACUUUCCAGGUGCUUCCAAGGCCGGUCACUUGGCUGGUUUGUUCGACACAAGCAAGGUCGCCAAGUACAAGAGCAGCCAGAAGUUCAGUUGCCAAGCUUCGGACCUCCUAGGGCUUUAUCCAAUCAUUCGCCAUUUUUUGCAUUCUGUUGUUGUGUCAAGCGGAAUCUGCCCAGAGGCUUGCCAAGCUUUCUUGAGCCAGGCCUGCUUGAUCGACCAGGUUCACCAAGGGGUCAUGUAUGGAGCCACCACCAGAGCCAGCCUUCUCAGGGCUGCGGAAGAAUCCAUCGAGACCUUCCAACAGGCCAACUUCGACGUGCCACUGAUGCGGAAGUGGCACUGGCUGCUCCACUUGCCUGAUAUUCUCCAACGGCAUGGGUGCCUGCCAUCGACAUUUACGAGCGAACGAAAGCACAAAACCAUAUCUGCUUUCGCCACAAGGCUCCAGAAAACAGCCGCCUUCGAGAUCCACUUGCUCAACCAGGUGCUCGCCACCGAGAUCACCACUUUGACACAGGCCGGGCUGUUUCCAGACUCCUGCCAGUUGGUGAAGCCAAAGAAGCCCAACAAGCACCAGCUGCAAUUCCUCAACCAGUUUGUGGAUUGCUCAGCAACUGAAGCCAUGGUUGCCUCUAUCGCGAGGCUCGCAAGGGGUGGUGCCAUCCAUGCCAACGACGUCGUGGUGUUCCACCAGGAAGACGGAAGAUGGGACAUGGGCCAAGUGCUUUUCCAUUUGGAGCUUGGAGGCGACAAAGCCACACUCGUCCAACGUUGGAGGCCAACAGAGACACAGAAGACAAAGCAGUUCGCCAAGUGCUCCAUCACCAACGAGCAAGGCUUCGUGUCCAUGGACUCCUUGCUGUACCCAAUGGUGUACAGCAAGACCACAGAGAGGGAGGCCACUGUGCUGCUACCGUACCAGCUGUACCACAGGCUUUGA